AUGCGCUUCUCCAAGUCUCUUAUCAUCAUGGUGGCAGCGACCAUGGGUGCGAAUGGCGCGCCAUCUAGCAUCGACUCACGCGAGCAAAGCGCUAUUAUUCAGCCAGCCCUUGUGACUCGACAGGCUCCUCCAGCUGUUCCAGCUGCUGUUCCAGCUGCUGCUCCUCCUGCUUCUUCUCCCGUCACGCAGGGAGAAGGCGACAAGAAGGGGGAAGACAAGAAGAAGGGCGAUGGCGAGGGAGACCGCAAUGGGGCGGACCGUGACGGAGACCGUAACGGUGGUGACCGUGGCGGACGUGACGGAGAUCGCGACGGCGACCGAGACUGCCGUGCAGAAGAUCGUGGGCGUGACAGAGACGGAAGAUCGUGUUGUGUGCGAGGAGGACGUGGAGGAGGGCGCGAUGGUGACCGCGAGGGCGAUCGUAAGGUGGCUCGCGAGGACCGCAAUGGAGAUCGUAACGGAGAUCGCGAUGGUGACCGCAGCGGCGGUGAUCGAGGUGGACGGGAUGGUGACCGCAAUGGUGACCGUGAGUGCUUCCGGGAUGGUGAUCGCGGUGGUCGCGGUGGCGAUGGUGAGAGACGUCCUCCUCCUCCUCCUCCCCCGGCCGGUCCUCCGGGCUUCCCCGCUCCGUUCCCCGCCCCGGUCCAACCCCGCCCCGGUUUCCCCGGCGCCUACCCCCCUGGCUUCCCUGGCGCGUUCCCUCCUGGACCUCCUCCUCGUGGCCCUGAUGGAGAUCGAGAUGAGGACAAGAAAAAGCCUGCCGAGGACAAGAAGCCUAUCCCAGCAUAA